AUGGUGAGGUUGAGGGAGAGAUAUAAAGUGACAAGGAAGGAGGCGAAGAAGGAAGUGACAGAAGCAAAGAAUAUAGCCUAUAAGAGGAUGUACAAACGCCAAGAAACUAAAGAAUGGGAACAUGAUAUGUUCAAGAUUGCUAAAGCAAGGGGGCGUAGAAGACAAGAUAAGAUUGUUAAAGAAAGGGAGCGUAGAAGACAAGAUUUACAAGUAGUGAAGUUUUUAAAGGGAGAGGAUGGACGUGUUUUGGUCAAAGAGCAUGGCAUUAAGAAAAGGUGGCAAACCUACUUUCACAAUCUUUUCAGCGACCAAAUGGCGCAUCAACAAGAAAGCAAAAACCCCACUACUCAAAGGCAAAAAUGGAAUAACUGCUAUUGUAGGGGUAUCACGCAAGGAGAGGUGAGAACAACACUGAGGAAGAUGGGAAGGGUGAAGGCAGUUGGUCCUAACAACAUACCAAUUGAGGUGUGGAUGUGUUUAGGGGAGGAAGGAGUUCAAUGGCUAACCAGUUUGUUUAACCUUAUUUUCAGGCCGGUCAACUACAGAGGACCAGGCCGGUCAACUACAGAGGCGAUACACACCCUAAUAAGAUUGAUGGAAAAACAUAGGGAAAAGAAGCGAGAUCUACAUAUGGUGUUCAUUGACCAUGAAACAUCAUACAAUAGUGUGCCUCGUAGAUUAAUUUGGGAUAGUUUGGAGUGUAGAGAGGUUCCUGGGAAGUAUGUUGACAUAAUUAGGGAUAUGUAUGUUAGAUCUGAAACUAGUGUUAAGGCGCUUGUAGGGGAUACUGAUUUCUUUUCUGUUAAGGUAGGACUCCACCAAGGGUCUGUGCUGAGUCCGUUUCUUUUCAUAGUAGUGUUGGAUGAGUUGUCCAAGUUGAUUCAAGAGACAAUUCCAUGGUGUAUGCUUUUCGCAGAUGAUAUUGUGUUAGUGGUGAAAACUAAACAGAGUCUAAAUGUGAUAUUAGAGGAGUGGCAUACAGCUUUAGAGGGAAAAGGGGAAGGCGACGACACACAAAUUACUAUUGACGCUCAGGGGGUUCCACAGGUUACGAAGUUCAAGUAUUUAGGAUCGUUUGUCCAAAGGGAUGGGGAGAUAGAUUGCGAUGUAGCACAUCGCAUCCAGGCGGGUUGGUGUAGGUGGAGAGCAGCCAUUGGGGUCUUGUGUGACAAAAGGUUGCCUACUAAAUUAAAGAGGAAAUUUUAUAGGGUUGCGAUUAGACCUGCUAGGAUGUAUGCGACAAACUGUUGGCCCAUUAAGAAGGUACAAACACGCAAGAUGGAGGUAGCAAAAAUGAGGAUGUUAAGGUGGAUGUGUGCGCACACAAGGUUAGAACGGAUAGAAAUGAGGACUGUUGGGAAAGGUUAG